AAGAUCAUCUAGACCGUGCUCUUGGCAUAGAUUUUUAUUGUUAUCUCAGUUUAUCAUGAAUUAUGGGCGAAGUUUUGUAUAAUAAUUUUCAAUUUUUUCAGUUUCCAUAUAAUUGUUUUUCUUUAUUAUUUUUUUAAAUUUCUAUUUGAAAUAUUAAAAAUGUAUUCCAAUCACUCGUCUGACCCUAGAAGACCAGAAAGAGAACACAGGUUAUUGAUUAUUAUUAUUAUAGAAUUAAUUUUAAUGAUUAAACAAAAAAACAAAAUUUUAUCAUAGAAAUAGUUGAUUUUUUUUAUGAAACUUAAAAUAUUGUUUCUAUUUGACCCCAUCAUGAAAUUGUACAAAUUCUGUUAAAUUACAGAUAUAAACCUAAAGGUAAUAAUGAUUCACAAUCUAUUAUGCCUGGCGAAGACUUGACAUCCGAUUACAUGAAUAUCUUGGGUAUGAUUUUGAGCAUGUCUGGUUUAUUGAUGAAGGUAAAAAAAAUUCAUAAUCUUGUCUGUUAUUGAUAUUUAUAUUGUAAUUUUAUAUUUAUUAUUUAGUUUAAAUGGGCAGCCUGGAGUGCUUUGUUCUGUUCUUGCAUAAGUUUUGCCAAUUCUAGAGCAAUAGAUGACAACAAACAAAUAUUUAGUAGUUUCAUGUAAGUAUAUUUUUAUCAGGUAUAUAGUUAAUAUUUAGUAGUAUAACAUUAAUUUAAUAACUUAGAAUAUGCUGAGUUAAUUCAUUACUACAAUAUUGCAUUUGUACGCUUAUGUAAAAAAUAACCAUAAACAUUUAAUUUCACAUGAUGGCUUAACAAUAACAAAAUAUCAUAAUUCAAAUUUGACAUUCCAUUGCAAUAUUUAAUUCAAAAUUCGUGAUUUGUAAUAGUUUUUUAAAAUUCAAGAAAAAAAAGUGUAUAUUAUAUUAGCUAUAAUAAUAAUAAUCAAUUUGUGAAUGUGAUUACAGCCUGUCACAUAAUUUAAAGUACUUUUCUCUGAACUUUAAACAAUUAUUAAAAAAUAAAUUUAAUGAAAAUAAAAAGUUGAAACAUUUUAAACACCUACCUGCCUAUAUAUUUAGAAUAAUAAUUUGACUAUUAACUUGAACAUUUUCAACUCAUUGUCAAUGGUGCCCAAACUAUACUUCAAAUGUUGCAAUUGCUACAUAUCAUAUUUAUAAUUAAUAUGAAUAAGGGUGGGUAGGUAUUCCCGGUAAUUAGGAUUUUGGAUAGUCAGCUAGAAUGGGUAUAACAUUCAAGUUAUAUUUUUUAGUUUUUUGUAGUGAUGUUUACAAAAGUUUCUGAGAUGGGUAGUGGUUUUGAGUUUCAAAUUCUACUACAAUAUAAAAAUAUAGUUUGGGUGCCACUGCUCAUUGAGAUAUAAUUAAAAAAAUAUAGAUGGGUAUUCUUUUUUGAUUAAUAUUUAUAUAAUAUAAUAUUAUUCAAUAUUUUAGGUAGAUUAAUGUACACCAAAAAUAUAUAGUUUAAUACAAUUAUUUAGAUUCUUUAUAUUUUACGUGAACUUUUAGUCUAAAAUGCAGGAAUUUACAAUGAUUCUAGAAUCUAGUAGACAGCAAUGUUUAUAUUGCAUGAAUUAGUUCAUAGUGACGAUAAUCAGGCACGUAUACAGGGGGAGGGGCAUUCAUCCUAACCUCUCUGAAAAUGAAUAGUUGUAUAAUUUAUUUAUAUGAAUUUGUUAUUUUUUUACAACUCCCCCCCCCACCGAAUUAGUUUUUGUGUAUGUGCCUAACAAUAAUAUUAUUAUCAUAAUUAUAUAUUGUGAGUAUGACAACUGUUAACAAAAUAUUAUGCAUAUAAAUAUGUUAAUCAAAUAUAAAAUCAAAUAAUAAUGGUUCCCUAAUAUUUGAGAAAUAUAAAUAUCAUCAAUUAUUAAUAGUUUUGGAAAAAUAAUAAGUUUAAAAAAAAAAGUUUUUAUUAAGUUUAAAAAAAUAAAAGGAUUUUUAUACAAAUAUGCUAUUAAAUUAUUAGACAUAGUGUACAUAAAAAUAAUUUUAUAUUUAUGUACUAAAAUUAUUUGUUUAUAAUUAUGAGAAUUACAGACAUUACAAUAUAUCUAUGAAUAAAAUAAACAUGAUAAUACAACAAAAUGAAACAACGCACACAUUGACAAUUAUAGUUAUAAUUAUAAUUAUAUUAUUAACAUUUAUGGUAUAAAAAAAAAAAAAUUAUUAUUUUAAAUUAGUAAAAUGCAUAAUAAUUAAAUUGUAUUAUAUGUUACUAAAUUUAAUAAUAAAAUAUAUAUUCUUAUUUUAUAUUAAAUAGGCUUUCAAUAUCAGCAGUCGUUAUGUCUUAUUUACAAAAUCCACAUCCAAUGUCAACACCGUGGUCAACAACAUUUGGAUAAAUGCAUUUUAUAAAUAAGUUUUUUUUUUUGUGAAAAAUUAAGUUAUCAUUGUAUAAUAUUAAUCUAUACAAUAUUAUUAAUAUAUUGUACUGUAUGUGAAAGGUGUCACAGAAAAAUUAAAAAUAAUUUCACUUUUUAAUUAAUUAUAAUUUUUUUUUUUAAGUUUAAGAAUAUCAGUUUCAAAACUUAAUUUAAAUUUAAAUAUAUGUACAUAAAAAAACACAAUAUUCAAUUUACAGCAAUCUUCCUCUGCAAUGAACUGAUUCACAAUGACACUUCAUUACUUUUCCCGGAACACUUCCUACAUCAUAACUGUAAUCCCAUGUAAGUUCUGUUCCAGCUUUUAUGUAAUGCAGUGCAAAGAAAGACACCCACGGGAACCGUAUAUCAUGAGUAUCAACAAAUACAUUUUGAACAUAUGUAUUUGGGGAACAUGAAUGAUUCAAGUACCGUCCAAUGUUGCCACUUGUCUUGGCAUCCAUAAUAUAAACACUUUCAUUAUCUCCAAAAUAUUCACGCAUUGGUUUAGUUGGUACAGGAUUGUUUUUCAUGUCGCGUGCAUUUACUUUGGAUGGUUUGUUUGUAUGUUUUUCCUUUUUUUUACUCUCAGGUUUGGGCUUCUUUUUACGUUUACGCAAUCGCAAUGAAAUCUCUGAUACAACUUGUCUUUCUGUAUAU